AUGCCUGAAACUCUCAGUUAUGAAAGCAUUAAUUUUGAAGGAAUAUUCCCCCAAUGUAGAGAUGAUUACAAUAGCCUUCUAGAUCCUUGGUGUAAUUCAAGUAGCAUGAAAACUGAACUUCUUAUUCUCUGUAAUGAUUUUAUUAUGCAUCAUUUGCAAGAUAAAACAAAAGUUAACUUUAUAUUACAAAACAGUUGUAGGGGUCUUGGUUUUUAUUUAUGCCAUAUAAAAAAUAAAAGUGGACCUCGGGAUAAUUAUAAAAAUGCAGCUUGUAAAUAUUUCAGUUACAAGUUACAAAGCAUGUUAAAGAAUUAUGAAUUUAAAGACAAUGACGCAAAAACAGGUUACAAUAAUUUGAAACAAUAUUGGGUCAAGCUUAAUACAAAUGAUAAAAGUUUUCUUGAUAUAUGUAAUAAUGAUGUUCAUAAUCUUGAAUCCAGCACAUUUGAUAUAUUUAAGUAUUUUGAUCAACUAUAUUUUCUUUUACCAUUAAUAAUUAAGCAUAAUAAUUGCUCAGAAUAUGCAACAAUAUUUAAAACUUAUGUGAAUUAUUUAAAAGUAUAUGUAUUCAAGAACAAUAGUAUACGUACUUUGCUAAAUUUUUUAAUAAGGGACUAUAAUGGAAAAAUUCAGAAAAGUACAUUAUGUGCUAAUGAUCUAUCACUGGAUGAAAUAUCUGUUCCUGAAACAUCUAUGCCUGAAACAUCUAUUCCUGAAACAUCUAUUCCUGAAACAUCUAUUCCUGAAACAUCUAUACCUGAAGUAUCUGUACCCAAAACAUCUUCGAAAAGAAAUGAGAUAAUAGAUAACAUGGUGAUACAAGCAAUCCAAAUAAAACAAUCAAGCUUAUCAAUAGGAAAAUGCGUGGGAAUUUUUGUUUUCUCUUCAGCAAUCUUAAUAAUGACAUUCAUUAUAUAUAAGUAUACGCGCAAUGCUUCAUUUAUACGGAAAAGAGUCAAGAAAUUAAGGAAAAUGUUCAAUAUAAAAAUUGAAAACCAUAACGAUGUAAUGGGCUCAUCUGAAGAAACAUAUAAAAAUAGAAUUCAUAAGCACUAUAAAAUAGCUUAUGUUUAA